AUGGUUGACCCAGAGUCGCCUCAGUACAAAGCCUACGCUUGGCUGAGGGGAGAUCCUGACUUGAAGCGAUAUUCUGCAUGGCGACGCGAACAGAGAUUUGCUCUAGCGACCUUCCUCAUCGCCUCCAACGUCGAAUCAAAGCUAAGGGCUGGCUUUGAUUCGUGCCUGGCUUUCACUUCCUGCGGCACAUCGGGUCGGAUCAAGGCGAUCACGCAAAACAAAACAAAACAAAACAAAACAAAAGGAUUUCCUGGCUUCAGCCCCUCCUUGCCCCCAGAGCUGACGUUGCUCACAGACUUGGUCGAAAUUGACGUGUCCAGGAAUGUCCUCUCAACAACAUCACUAGAGGAUUUUGUUUUGUCCGCGGCAAGCUCAGCCCCAGCACUGCAAGUACUCGGUUGCAACCAUUGCAACUUUGGGAAAACAACACUCCCAACGGAACAGUUGGACCUGCAUAGCAAUCUAAAAGAAUUUCGAAUGGAACAGAGCAACAUCACCGGGACAGUCCCCUCGGAGAUUGGACUCUUGACAUUGCUGAAAGGUUUUUCGCUCGACAGGAACCGGCUAGAUGCAAACCUUGCAAAAGAGAUUGGAAGACUGACACAGCUCGAAUUUGGAACCAUCUAA